AGCGGCACCAUGGAUACCAGUGCCAGUGGUGAGGGCUCCAGCUCUCACCCUAGCAUUGAGAUGACAUCAGCUGACAUAGUACACCAGAGAACCAGGGACGUGGGAGACGACUACCUCGAGAUAUCUGAGACACCUCAGAUAGUGCUGUGUGCUGCGUACACUGGUGGCUGGAUUGGCUUGUCCUACUACACAGUGGAGACUGGCCAGCUGCAUCUAAUGAAUGAUCAGAAAGAGGCUGAUGAUUUCGCACUCUUCAAGAGAGUGCUGAUCCAGGUGGAGCCAUCAGUGAUUGUCCUGAGCUCAAAGGCAGACAAAGCCAUGGUGUCAGUGUCCAAGGACUACGCUGAGAGUGGUGAGGAAGACAACACACCAGCUCAGACCUGCAGUGUUGAAGUGGUACCUUCAGCAGACUUUAAGUAUGACCAGUGCAAACGACGCCUCCUCUUCCUUGACCUUCCUGGUGUGGACAAAGAGGCGAGUGAACAUCAGAAGCUCCUCCAAAUAUCCGGACUCAUUGACCUCCGUGCUGAGCUGAUGGUCCGCAGUGCUGGAGUACUGCUCAAGUUUGUAGAGAAGAGGAGACUGGGUAUAGAGCUGGAGGAGUGCACUGCCAGAGUACCACUACUAGCAGUCAAGAACUUCUCUCUGGAUAGUUUGAUGUUGAUGGACGAGGCAUCAUUCUGUGGUUUGCAGGUGUUCCGGAAGGAGGCUCACCCGUCAGUCUACAAGGCAGGAGGGGGUGGGGCAAAGGAGGGACUGUCCCUUUUCGGAAUUGCCAACAAAACAAAAUCUUCUCUCGGCUACAAAAUGCUCAAGAUGUGGUUCCUUCGUCCGCUGAAUGACAAACAGACGCUGACCAAUCGACUGGAUGCCAUCAGUUUCCUGUCGUCCCCUCGUAAUGAAGAGGUGGCGACCACUCUGCACAGCUGCAUCAAGCAGAUCAAGAACAUACCACGUAUCUUGGUUCGGAUGAGUAAUGCAGUGGCCACCAUUAGCGACUGGAAGGCCCUCUACAAGACUGUGUACAACGGUAUCUUCAUUGGAGAUCUCUGUAGAAGUCUCCCCUCCAACAUCAGCGUCUUCAAGAGAACGAGUGAGUGUUUGUGUGAGAGCAUUCAGCGAGUGGCAGCACUCAUUGAUAAAGUGAUUGAUUUUGAUGAAUCUGACGUUAAUUCUCGAUUCUGUGUCAAGUCUAAUAUUGACAGUGAACUGGAUUCAAAACGGGAACUGUUGUAUGGCCUCCCUGACCUCCUCACGAGAGCGGCUGAGGCUGAACUAGAGAGCUUCCCUCCAGAGAGUGGGAUAUCUCACUGCAGCAUUGUCUAUGUGGCCCAGCUUGGUUACCUGCUGUCCCUCCCACCAGCUGAGGCUGACAAGGUUAAGGACAGUGUAGAGGCUCUGGGACUACAGUUUGUGUUUUCUAACGAUCAAGGAAUCCACUACAAAACAGAUCGGACCAAAGAGUUGGAGUCCCAGUUAGGUGACACGAUGUACGAGGCUCUGGACAGGGAGAGUGAGAUCAUCCAUCGUCUGCAAGAAGUCGUAUUGGAACAAUCCUCAGAACUUGUGGCCGUCAUGGACGUGGCGGCCGAGCUAGACUGUCUCCUCUCACUGUCUGUGUUUGCUAAAGAGCACAAUCUGCUGCGGCCUGAACUGACCAGUGACAAUGUCAUCUAUAUCAAGGGAGGAAGGCAUCCUCUACAGGAACUGUGUACUAGUCCCUUUGUACCCAAUGACUCUAGCUUUGACAUGAACCAAGGCAGAGUGAAGCUGCUUACUGGUCCCAAUGCAAGUGGAAAGAGUGUCUACCUAAAACAAGUUGGUCUGAUAGUAUUCAUGGCUCACAUUGGCAGCUUUGUGCCGGCCGAGUAUGCCAAGAUUGGACUACUGGACGGACUGUUCACUCGAGUGAGGACAAGGGAGUCGGUCUCACUAGCUCUGUCUACAUUCAUGAUAGAUAUGAACCAGGUAUCAAUGGCACUGAAACUAAGUACAGAAAAAUCGCUGGUCAUUUUGGACGAAUUUGGGAAAGGCACGGCCACAGUGGAUGGUCUGAGUCUGUUGGUGUCCUCACUGCGUCAGUGGCUGAGUAGAGAGGACCACUGCCCCAACAUCAUAGUCUCCACUCACUUCCAUAGCAUCAUUCAACAAAAGCUGCUACCAGACUCAACCCUCAUCGAAUAUCUGACAAUGGACACGCUGCAUGAUAAUGAUGAUCUGGUGUUUCUCUAUAAGCUCAUACGAGGUGUGACCUGCUCUAGCUACGCCUGCAAGGUUGCCGCGGCGAUGGGUAUAGAACGGAGUAUAAUUGAUCGAGGGUCAGAGGUCACUGAGCUCAUCAGUCAGAACAAGCCAGUGACUAGGAGGGACUCUCCCGCCAUGGAGCACGCUCACACACAGUGUUCUGCACUUGUGGCAAAGUUUCUGCAACUGAAUCUAGCGACUGAUGACAUGCAAGCCUUCCUGAAAGCAGUGCUAGCUCUAGCAGAUAGACAAACAGUUGCUACUCAUCACAAUUCAUGAUAGCUCAGUGUUAUAUGAAGUUAUAUGAAAGUGUACCGCAUUGUUGUCAAUGUUUGCGC